AUGUCGAUGUGGGCACUCAACCCGCCCGAUGGCUAUGACCCGGACAUGCCACGUACUCACUCGGCGAUCAUCCGCGAGCGCAACCAGCGGCUGCCCAAGCCAACGGCCCUGUUUUAUGCCGUGCUGACGCUGACGGGGUGCGCGUGUCUCGCCCUUGUCGUCGUCGGCCUCGUUGUUGCGGCGUAA